AUGGUGGAUAAGAUCAAUGAGUCAGGAUUCUACUGGCAUACCAUGUUCAAGGAUGCUAACUCUUUUGUGAAGGCUUGUGACUUUUGCCAGAAAAGUGGCAACAUCUCGCGGCAGCAUAAGAUGCCUCAAACAAGUAUAUUGGAAGUUGAAAUUUUCGAUGUUUGGGGUGUUAAUUACACGGGACAUUUUCCUUCUUCAUGGGGAAAUCGAUAUAUACUUGUCACCGUCGAUUAUGUAUCCAAGAGGGUUGAAGCCAUUGCCACACCUACUAAUGAUGCCAAGGUGGUCCGUAGGAUUUUCAAGAAAACUAUCUUUCCUAGAGAUUUGGAGUACCUAAAGCGAUAA